AUGGAUGAUGACUGCCCGUGGUUAGUUCAUUUAUCAUACAAUAAAUCACUGCAAUGCUACCAGGUGAAGACUUACAAAAACGAUCACACUUGUGCAAGGGACCUAGGAAGUAACGCUGUUGAUCAACAUUGGAUUAGUAAGAAGGUGGAGAAGAGAAUGAGUUCACAGCCUCACAUGAGAACAAAUGAAGCAAUUGACUUUCUGAGAGAGGAGUUCUCACUCACUGCACAUCCAAAAAUGGUCUAUAGAGCAGUUAAGGAAGCAAGGGAGAAGAUAAUGGGAAAUGAGAGGGAGCAGUACAAUAAUGUGAGGGGUUACUUGUUUGAAAUUCUAAGAAGCAACCCUGGCUCCAGGGCAGAAGUGUGUGUAACUCCAAUUCCUCAAGCCCCUCCACUAUUUGAUAAGCUGUAUAUAGGGUUAGAGGCAUGCAAGCAGGGGUUUAAGAGUGGAUGUAGGCCUCUAAUCCACCUUGAUGGUUGCUUCCUGAAAACAUACUAUGGUGGACAACUCCUAACUGCAGUGGCACAGGAUGCGAAUAAUCAAUUUUAUGUUGUUGCUUACGGAGUUGCAAGGUCUGAAACCAAAGAGUCUUGGAAAUGGUUUCUUACCCUACUUCAGGAGGAGCUGGGGGAUGUGCAGACUCAUGUUAGACAUUUAUUCACUGAGGGAUUACUGUCAGCUUUGAAAGAAGUGAUGCCAAAUGCACAUCACCGAAACUGUGUGAUGCACAUUUGGAAAAACUUCAUAAACCGAUUUAAGGAUUUGUACAUUCGGGAGGUGGUUUGGGAUUGUGCUAGGUGCACCACCAUACCCGAGUUCAAAGAACAAAUGGAGAAGCUCAAAGGUAUUAAUCAGGGGGCAUGGGAAUAUCUUUCCAGGUUUGAGCCAGCAACUUGGGUGAAGGCGUAUUUCUCCCACGGGCCAAAAGUGGACAACCUCACAAAUAACAUGUGUGAGGUGUUCAACUCGAAGAUAGUCAACUACAGAAGCAAGCCUAUCCUCACAAUGUGUGAGGAAAUUAGGUGCUAUCUAAUGCGGAGAAUGGUUAAGCAUAAGGAGCUACUUAGUGAUUAUACAGGAAAGCUUGCACCAGUUCAGCAGAAGAGGAUGGAGCGUCUAAUAAGGCCUAGCAAUAAAUGGCGUGCUGACUGGACAGGUGAUGAUGCACGCAAGCGUUUCGAAGUAACUCGUAAAGCUACAAAGGUGGAUGUUGAUCUCAUGAGGCAGACCUGCUCCUGCAACAAAUGGCAGCUGACUGGCAUGCCAUGUAUCCAUGCCAUAGCAGCCAUAAGGAAGAGGCAUGAUCAUCCAGAGGAUUAUGUGCAUCCAUGGUUAUGCAUGGAGUCAAUACACAAGACAUAUGCUCAUUGUAUUCAGCCAGUGCCAAGUGAGGAGUUCUGGACAAGGACUGAAUAUUCUAGGCCGGAUCCUCCUAUCAUAAAGAGACCAAUUGGCAGGCCAAAAGUACAUAAUAGACAGAAGGAUCCAGCUGAGCCAAUGAUGCAACAGGGAGAUAAGUUGAAGAGGUCAUUCAAAGUCACUUGUAGUAAGUGUGGUUCAACGGGACAUAACUACAAGACAUGCAAGGGCGCUCCAUCUGAUCCCAAUUGGAAACCUAAGACAAAGAAGCCCAAGAAAGGUUCCACAUCUCAGUCAAUGGCAGUCAUCCCACUGUCACAAUCAGCUCCAAAUGAUAGUGAUGCUCCACCUAGUCAGGAUACUCCAUCUGUUCAGGAUCAUAACAUAACUACUCAGCAAUCCACACCUGAUCUCUCAACACAGGUUUCAAGUGGUGUCAUCCCAGGUCCUUCCAACCCUGUGGCAACAACACCAUCAGUACCCCAAGUCAGGCCCGCACCAGCGACCAGAAGGACACCGUUUUGCCCUCCACUCCAAGUUCCAUCUACAACGGCCCAAAAAACUCAAGCAGCUCCAGCGAGGAUGAGGCCCAAGCAGAAGAUAUUCAGGCCAUCAGCUCCACUAUGCCCCACUCCACAACCCCCUCAAAGUCAGCCAAACUCCACUGGCCCACAACCACCUCAAGUCGUACCAGGAACAAGUGGAUCAGCUACCUAG